CCGCCUGAAACACAUAUGAUUCGUGGGCGACGAGCGAGGACGCGUAAAACGACUGCGUGCAACCAACCGAGUUUUCUGCGUCGAGCCGAUUCCGGAAUCUCGGAAGAGACCGCUAUCCUUCGAGGAAAGCGAUGAUAGCAGCGGAAAGCGUACAUUCGAGUGUAUCUCGAGUAUUUUUACGUUCCACGUCGUAGAAGAGGACACUUUUUGAGGUCAUUGUACUUUCCUUAAAUUCCGACGAUGCGUGCAGCACGUUCCUAGGAUGCCGAUCGCCUUCCUGGCUCAGCGGAUAUUUACAUGGAUUCUCUCUCUUGAAGAGAAAAUGUAUUAAAUAUAUAUAAAUAAAUUGAGUACAUCAAGUUAUUGAAGAAGAUAUUGAGAGAUGAAUCCUGGAUCGGCCUCGAACUCCUGUCAGAAUGCUGCAGCCGUCGAUGAAGCUUCGACGCUGACGAGUGUCCUUAGUUAGUUGGACUGUGUAAAAUCCAUUUCCGGAGGUGUUCGGAUCAGUAGAUUAUUUUGACGUAAACGUGCAAUAAACUAAAGCCCCAGGAUGAUAAUGGGCGAUCAGUUUCGCAAGGUGGAGCAGUACUCACCGAAGUCUUCGCCGAGGGGCGCGCGUUCCCCGGUUGUGUCUCGUCAGGAUUCCACCGGGACGUUAAAGACGACUAUUUCCCUGGGCAAGAACCCUUCCAUCGUUCACAGCGGACCUUUCUACUUGAUGAAGGAACCCCCAGGGGAAAGCGAACUUACUGGAGCGACAAAUUUAAUGGCCUAUUAUGGUCUCGAACAUUCCUAUAGCAAGUUCAGUGGUAAGAAACUCAAGGAGCAGCUGUCGUCUUUCCUGCCAAAUCUACCUGGUAUCAUAGACAAACCUGGACAUCAUGAUAAUAGCUCCUUGCGAUCAGUGAUUGAGAAACCUCCGAUAUGUGGUAAGGAGUUAUUGCCUUUAACGAGUGUACAACUUGCUGGUUUUCGACUGCAUCCUGGCCCACUACCAGAACAAUAUAGAUAUGUUAAUCAAGCUCCUCAGAGAAAACACAAGAAUAAGCACAAAAAGCAUAAGCAUAAGCCUGGAGAAGUACUCAGUGGACAAGAGGUUGCGACGACGGAUGUGGGUGGUUCCGAUACGCAUGAGAAGAAACAUAAGAAGCAGAAGAGACACGAUGAAGAGAAGGAGGCUAGGAAAAAGCGGAAGAAGGAGAAGAAGAGGAAAAAACAGAAACAUAGCCCUGAACAUACUGGUAGCCUCACACCGUCUCAGCAUUCCAAUUCGUGAUCUCUAAUCUGUCCCUUUCAAUUCAUGCCAAAUCUUUAAUCGAAACGUAUGUUUGGAUCAUCUCCAUGUGACUAAAAAAUGUAUAUAUAUAUGUACACACAAUAUGUGUAUAUUUAUUUUUUUUAGGCAUAAUAGAUGUUCCUUGU